AUGCAUCGAGAAAAUAAUUUAACUAUUGAUACCGUAGUAACUACACUUUAUGUGUUACAUACAUUUCAUGCUACCGUAGAAGGUCAAGUUAGUGUUGAAAGAGAUGAUCAUCUGAAAUUGCUUGACGACUCAAAUAGUUAUUGGUGGUUAAUCAAAGUAUUAAAAUCUGAUGAUAUCGGUUAUAUACCUGCGGAAAAACCAAAAAUAACAAAAGAAAAAAACGUAUCGUUCAAUACACCUUUGUUUGUUUUUGCGGAAGAGCCAGAAGAUGAAUUUGAUGAAGAAGAAAGUUUUGAAGAUUGUGAAGGAGAAUAUGAAGAAUCAAUUGAAAAUACAGCUGAAUCUGUAGAUGAAGAAUUAAAUUCUGAAAUAAGUAACAACGAAAAGAUAAAUCAACAAAUUAGCGAUGCAACACCAGAGAUCGUUAAUUCUGUACAAAACGUUACCUCGGAUAUUACGCAAGUUGUUAAUUCUAUUCCAAAUUCUGUGAAAACUAUACAAAAUGAUAACUCUACUUCAGAGAUUACUCAAGUUGUUGUUGAACCUGAAUUCAAUCCUCCACCGACCCAAGUUAUUAAUUCCGAACCCGAUCCUGUACUGCAACAAGUUGUUAGUUUUCCUGCGGGAACUGAUAAAGAGACACCAUCUUUAGGGAGUGACUUUAUUGAUUUUUCAGAUGAAGAAGAAGAGGAACGUAGAUUUUCUAAUAAAGCAAACAAAUUCUUUGGCACUGAUUCUUCCAAGUUUAACAUCUCACAUGAGGAAUCUAGGAAUUCCAUGGAUGACAAAGAUGAAAAAAGAGGAUCAAAAUCAAAGAAAGAAAAGAAAGAGGGAGGAAGAUUUAUGAAUUUCUUUAAACGGAAAUCUAAGAAGAAGGAUGAAGAUAUUUCUCCUUUACCUUCUCAAAAUUCAUCAAAUGUUUUACCAAAAAACAAAUUAAAAAGUGGGUCUUCGCCAAUUAAAAUUGUGCAACAACAUAAUCAAACAGAGAUUUCUAAUUCAAAUUCACCAGUUUACAGUAUUCUACGUAUUUUUGCUGGAAAAAAUAUUUUGAAUACUGAAGAAUCUAAAAUCCUUUUGUUAAGUCCUAAUACUUCGGUGAAUAAUCUUAUUCGACAAACAUUAAUUAGAUUUAAAUUAAAUCCUGAUGAAAAUUGGAAUGAUUAUUAUAUUACUGUUAAAGAAUCUGACGGAGGUCAAAUUCAAUUAAUGCCAAAUGAUAAUCCUCUUGAGAUCUUUAAUUCUUUAAUAUCUUCUUCUUCGGUCCCAUUACCGACUGUUAAUAGAAAUUCAAUUUCUUCAAUUUCUUCAACUUUAUCUAUUCAUGAAGCUAUAAAGGCAUCAGACUCACAAAAUGAUGCCAAUAAUUCUGUUUGUUUCUUUUUAAAUAAAAAAUCAAAGAGAGGAAGUAGAGUUGCAGGCGAAAAGAAAAUACGAGUACGUGUGUUGUUAUACGCAGAUGAUUUACCUGAUCAUUUAAGAAAUAAACAAGUACCGCGUACUUCUAUGUCUGUACCUAAACAUCUUGCGGAAAAAGCUGCAAGGCGGCGUUCUUGUGAAGAAGGAAAACCUAAAGAAAAAAGUGUGAUCUUGUCAAUAAAUGCUACUGUUAGAAACACUAUUGAAAAAGCUAUGGAUAAAUUUGGUAUCAUAGAAUACGGAAUUGAUGAUUUUGAAAAGAUACCAGAAAUAGAUGAAAUACCAAGAUAUCAGCUUAUGAUGAUAGUUGAUGGUGAAGAAAAAUUACUUCAUCCAACGAUAAUCUUGAGUUCAAUCUUUCCUUCAAAUCAAGAUCCACAACAUUUGUCAAUAGAUUCUUUAGAUUCUUCAUUCUCAUUUUCUUUAGAUUCUCGUGUUGAUAUUGUAACUAGUAUAGGAGCUAUUAGAAGUUCUCGUGUAUUUUCAUCAAAAGCAUCAAAAGUUAGAUAUAGUUUUAUUCCAACAAAAGGAGAAGAAAUAGACAUCAGUGAUUUAAUUGAAGAUAUUUGGGACAAUGAUGAAAUGUUAGUAACACUUAAUGAAGGUUCGGAACCUAUUAGGUCUUCUAUGGAUUCCUUUAAAAAUUCUAAUCAACAAAGUAAAAUGUUAGCACUUAAAAAUAAAAAAGAGAAUAGAAAGAGUAAAACACAAGAUUUAGAUGUUUUAGAAAAAAUUGUGGAUAAUGUACAAAAUAAUGAUUCGGAAGCUGUACAAUCUUUGGAGGAAAGGAUUGGACGAGUGUUAAAUAAAGUUAAAACUGGAAAAUUUGGAACGGAUUCAAUAUCUAAUGUGGCAACUACUUUACGAAAUUUAAGAAAAGAAGAAAAUCAUAUGGAAGGUUAUAUAACAAAUGAGAGUCUUAUAGAAAUAUCUAAUCCUGUGAGCAGAACUUCACCACCAAUAUCACCUGAAUCAAACCAUCGUACUGAAAGUUUUUCAAGUUCACGGUCAUCAUCAUCUAUUUCUGCAAUACAAUCAGACAGCGAUUAUUCAGUAGAAUCAAGUUUGAGAAUAAUACCUUCGUUAAUAAUCGAGGAAGAAGAACAAGAAUCACAAUUACCAUACAAUUCACACAAUCCACAUAAUUCAAAUAAUUCAUACAAUUCACACAGUUCAUACAAUUCAUAUAGUUCAUACAAUUCAUGCAUUUCAUACGAUUCAAACAUUAAUUCAAAUAUUAAUAUUAAUUCAAUAAACAUUAAUUCAGUAAAUAUCGAUUCAACAAAUAUUAAUUCAACAAAUAUUAAUUCAAAUAUCAAUUCAACAAAUAUUAGUUCAAAUAUUGAUUUAACAAAUAUUAAUUCAAAUAAUCGAGAUCCAUUUAAAACUCGACAAAGAUCUGAAUCAACCACAUCAAACAAUUCUAUUAAAUCAUAUAACUCUGGAAAUUCCACAUUAAACACUUCUAAUAUAUCAACACCAACGCAAGAAGCAAUGCCGUUAACUCCUCCAGGAAUAAUGCCAGGUAGAAAACAAUCUACAACAUCAAUAGAGAGUGAUUGGAUAUUAUCUAAUGAUUUCGGAUUACAAGAAUUAAUAAUACUUGCAAGAUCAGAAAUAAAUAUUUUAGAAUCUAAAGAACGAAGUUGGUUAUUAAUUAAUGAUCCGGAAAAAAUAUUUGAUAUGAUUGAAACUCUAGAAAUUAGAGAAGAAGUUAAAGAAGUUUUUGGUGGUGUAAAUAAUGAAUUAGAUAAAUUGGAAGAGGAACUUAAUCAAAUAUUAGAUGAUGCUAUAAGAGUAUUCUAA